AUGAUAUUUGCUCCCACAAGUCCCUCUUCUGGUCCAUAUCUACCACCCAUUCCGAAUUCUACAAAGCCUCUGUUUGAAAGAAGGGGCCGGAAAUCACGUUUCCAGAAACGUUCCUUUUCGUCCUCUCCUCAACCACCCCUUCGUCUCAAAGUGCCCCUACCACCAACGACCAACACGCUCGAUGCCAACGAACGAGCUGAUCUCAUACGGAGAAAUCGCAAGUUGGUGCAACUGUUAGGACAAACCCCGGGAGUUGAAAUGGCUACGUCAGAAAUAGAGGAACCACGUCUAUUUAAGAUAUUACCGCAGCCCGCCUUCUCUGCUUUGUUGGGAUCAUCGAAACAGAAGCAUCAUCGUCAUGCAAUGUCUGUAUCUAUCGCUGUCAAGACUCCGGGUUUCAAAUCGGAACCGUCAUCGUCAUGGCAAGUCGUAGACUAUCCAUCAACGCACAGCGGUCGCAGAUAUUCUGCUCCCUACACCCCAAGUAGCUUUACAUUCUACCUUGAUGAUUCACAGGAGCUACCAGCCACUCACGAUCAUCACGGCCCGCACCGCCAUCGGGAUCCGCAGCACAAAUGUGGUUCUCCAACUUCUUUCAUUGAUCUUUCAGACGAAGAUAUAUCACAUGAUGCUUCGGACGUGAUCAGUAUAGAAAUGCCGACCACGGGAUAUAGUCGCCGAAUCUUCCAUCAUUCAUCGUCGACACCAUCUGUGGUGGAGACCUUGACGCCCGAAGAACAAGCCGAAGCCGAGAGAAGAAGAAAGCGUGACAAGUUGGCUAAACUCCACCGUUUCCUUGGCUCUCGCGUCCCUACGGACUUAGUUGUUGGUCAUAUAGCGGGUCCGUCUUUACCUCCAUCGUCGAUGCCUGUGGACGGCAGCGACAUGUGGCUUUACAGACGAAGGAGCGGUUCAUCCGCCCCAUCGUUCGAGCGUGUCAAGACAGAACUCGAUGACGAGGAGAAGGCUUUGAAUGUCAGGCGUGCUCAGAAGAUGGAAAAGCUUUUCGGUAUCCCCCCUCCGCAAACCUUGUAUCAUACUCGCCAUGCUCCUGCAACAGUGGCUCGCUCUCAACCGACAUCCCCUGUAGCGUCCCCUAUGACCCCGACUUACAUACCCGCCAAUGGUCCUGGUUUCUCUCAGCGUAAUCCAAACCAAUCUGCGUACAUGAAGGGGAAGAAAUCACAUCAUCGCCCGGGAACUUCGGAUUCAACUACAUUCCUCAUUCCGUUCAAGCCCAGCUCUCCAGAGCCUCAGACGUCUGGCUUUCUGGAUACGCUCGUACAAUCUUCUGUGUACAUGAACUAUCAGCAUUCUAUCGCGUCUCUGACGGACAUUAUUGAACGAGUGAGUGGACAGACGGGGAAUUAUGUACGGCACUCACAAUUCGAUAGGAUGACAGGGCGUCUCUUGCGGAGCUUCAUCGGUUCCUCCACGGGGAUCUAG